UACGUCACUAUCAUGCGUCCCAUUUGCCAGGUUAUAACAUGGUUACCACAGCAACACCCCACCCAGGCUUUUCACUAAAUAUCCGAACCUAACCACGGCUUAGGCCCACUCCAGAUCAGGAAAGGGAGGAACACUAGCGCCGGUACAGCCACCAAAACUUCCGGAAACUCCAUCAGGCACUUAACUCUCCUAAUCUCUCGGGUAGGCACCCUCCCACCGCCCCUAUCGUCACUUCCGUCGGCCAAGAUUGACAGGCUGGGACGUCCAGUCAGAUCGGGUCCAGCCCCAAAGCCGAGGCGAGGGGCGGGUUUGAGAGCGGAAAGCCCCACCCCUUGCCUGCGUGUGACGACAGAAUCGCCAUGGCCAGCUAUCCCUACCGGCAGGGCUGCCCAGGAGCUGCAGGACAAGCGCCAGGAGCCCCUCCGGGUAGCUACUACCCUGGACCCCCCAGUAGUGGAGGGCAGUAUGGCAGCGGGCUACCCCCUGGUGGUGGCUAUGAGGGUCCUGCCCCUGGAGGACCUUAUGGACCACCAGCUGGUGGAGGGCCCUAUGGACACCCCAAUCCUGGGAUGUUCCCCUCUGGAACUCCAGGAGGACCAUAUGGUGGUGCAGCUCCAGGGGGCCCCUAUGGUCAGCCACCUCCAAAUUCCUACGGUGCCCAGCAGCCCGGGCCUUAUGGACAGGGUGGCGCCCCUCCCAACGUGGAUCCUGAGGCUUACUCCUGGUUCCAGUCAGUGGACUCUGAUCACAGUGGCUAUAUCUCCAUGAAGGAGCUGAAGCAAGCCCUGGUCAACUGCAAUUGGUCCUCGUUCAAUGAUGAGACCUGCCUCAUGAUGAUAAACAUGUUUGACAAGACUAAGUCAGGCCGCAUCGAUGUCUACGGCUUCUCAGCCCUGUGGAAAUUCAUCCAGCAGUGGAAGAACCUCUUCCAGCAGUAUGACCGGGACCGCUCGGGCUCCAUUAGCUACACAGAGCUGCAGCAAGCUCUGUCCCAAAUGGGCUACAACCUGAGCCCCCAGUUCACCCAGCUUCUGGUCUCCCGCUACUGCCCACGCUCUGCCAAUCCUGCCAUGCAGCUUGACCGCUUCAUCCAGGUGUGCACCCAGCUGCAGGUGCUGACAGAGGCCUUCCGGGAGAAGGACACAGCUGUACAAGGCAACAUUCGGCUCAGCUUCGAGGACUUCGUCACCAUGACAGCUUCUCGGAUGCUAUGACCCAACCCAUCUGUGGAGAGUGGAGUGCGCCAUGGACCUUUCCUGCCAUCUUAGAGUGAGAGAAGCAUGUGGACCUCUCUUCCUUUCCUGCCCCUCUAGAAGAACAUUCUCCCUUGCUUGAUGCAACACUGUUCCAAAAGAGGGUUGAGAGUCCUGCAUCAUAGCCACCAAAUAGUGAGGACCGGGCCUGACGCCACAGGUAGGGGCCUGAUGGAGGAGAGGAUGGAGCCUGAAUGUCCUGAUGGCCAUGAGCAGUUGAGUGGCACAGCCUGGCCCCAGGAGCAGGAGAUACCAGUCCUGAUAAUGGAGUUAGUGUCCAGUCAGCUGAGCUCCACCCUGGUGCCAGUGGUGAGUGUUCAUCGGCCUGUUACCAUUAGUACCUGUGUUCCCUCACCACCCCUCAGGCCAUCCUGUCACGUGAGCUCAUUUUCUCCAAAGUGGAAUCUGACCAAGCAUGAGAGAGAUUUGCCCAUGGGACCAGUGGCUUGGAUUCCACCACACCCAUAAAGUUAACAGUUGUGUGUUAAUUUCUAGCUGCCUGGGGCUGUCCCUGCUCAGGGAGCUCAGACAAAUCUGCUCCCUGGGCAUCUUUGGCCAAGGUACUGCCAGCUGCAGCUGGGACCCCUCACUUGCCUGCCAUGCUCUGCCUAACUUUGGUCUCCAGGGUACAGUGGUCACCUCUCCCUGCCAAUACUUUUCUUGAUUUGCAUUUUUUAAUUUGGGGCCAAAAGUCCAGUGAAAUUGUAAGCUUCAAUAAAAGGAUGAAACUCUGGGGUUC